CCGCGCCGCCACGCGCUCAGACGCAGGGUGCUGCCCGCCCGCAGGGCUGAGCGCGGGCGGAGCUCUCGUCCCGCGGUGCGGGUCGUAGCCCAGCGGCUGCCGGCAUGGCCACCGCGGCGGCGGCGGCGGCGGCGGCAGGGAUGGCCCACGGGGCCCGGGCGAGGACGGCGGCAGCAGCCCUGCGGAGCGUUUGCGGGACGGCGGCCCGGGGGCGGCUGCGCGCGGGCCACGCACGGCCCUUGUGCACGGCCCCUGGAACCGCUCCCGACAUGAAGCGCUACCUGUGGGAGCGCUACCGGGAGGCGAAGAGGAGCACGGAGGAAUUGGUGCCUUCAAUCAUGAGCAAUUUGCUGAAUCCGGAUGCCAUUUUCUCAAACAAUGAGAUGAGCCUGUCGGACAUUGAGAUCUAUGGCUUUGAUUAUGACUACACCUUGGUGUUUUAUUCAAAGCACCUCCACACGCUGAUAUUCAACGCUGCUCGGGACCUUCUCAUCAAUGAACACCGGUAUCCCGCGGAAAUCAGGAAGUAUGAAUAUGACCCAAAUUUUGCAAUUCGUGGACUUCAUUAUGAUGUGCAGCGGGCAGUCUUGAUGAAGAUUGAUGCUUUUCAUUACAUCCAGCUGGGGACUGUCUACAGAGGCCUCAGUGUGGUCCCUGAUGAAGAAGUCAUUGAAAUGUACGAGGGAUCCCACGUGCCUCUGGAACAGAUGAGCGACUUUUAUGGCAAGAGCUCCCACGGGAACACCAUGAAGCAGUUCAUGGACAUCUUCUCCCUGCCCGAGAUGAGCCUGCUGUCCUGCGUGAACGAAUACUUUCUGAAGAACAACAUCGACUAUGAGCCUGUCCACCUGUACAAAGACGUCAAGGAUGCAAUUCGAGAUGUGCACAUCAAAGGAAUCAUGUACCGAGCCGUCGAAGCAGACAUUGAUAAGUACAUCUGCUAUGCUGAGCAGACCCGCGCGGUGCUGGCCAAACUGGCUGAUCACGGCAAGAAGAUGUUCCUCAUCACCAACAGCCCCAGCAGCUUUGUGGACAAAGGGAUGAGCUAUAUCGUUGGAAAGGACUGGCGGGACCUGUUUGACGUGGUCAUCGUGCAGGCCGAGAAGCCGAGCUUCUUUAACGAUAAGCGGAGACCUUUCCGAAAGGUGAAUGAGAAAGGUGUCUUACUCUGGGAUAAAAUCUACAAGUUGCAGAAGGGCCAGAUUUACAAGCAGGGCAAUUUAUAUGAAUUUUUGAAGCUUACUGGAUGGAGAGGAUCCAAAGUGUUAUAUUUUGGUGACCAUAUAUACAGCGACCUGGCGGACUUGACCCUGAAGCAUGGCUGGAGGACUGGUGCCAUCAUCCCAGAGUUACGGUCUGAGCUCAGAAUCAUGAACACAGAACAGUACAUCCAGACCAUGACCUGGCUGCAGACGCUGACCGGGUUACUGGAGCGAAUGCAGAGAAAUGAACAAAAGUUUCUUCAACGCCCACUUUGGAAGCUUGUUCCGCACAGACCAGAACCCCACCUACUUCCUGAGGCGUCUGUCGCGGUUUGCCGACAUCUACAUGGCGUCCCUGAGCUGCCUGCUGAACUACGACGUCAGCCACACGUUCUACCCCAGGAGGACUCCGCUGCAGCACGAGCUUCCCGCCUGGGCGGACGGGCCCCCCACCUGCAGGCUGCCCCUCCUGCAGGCGGCCCAGGCCAAGUAGCCGUGCCCUCCUGUGGACAAGGCCAGAAACUGCCCCGGCCCCGACCCGGGGGACACCACGGGGCUGGCCUUGUGUGGAUAGGAGUGUUGCUUUUGGAAAAGACACAGAAUCGCCUCUUGAUAUUUAUUUCGGACCUUCUGGAGGAUACUCCCCAGGUGGUUGAGAUGGAAGCCAGCGCGUACCGGUCCCGCCUUCCUGCUCUCCUCGGGCUGAGUGGCAGGCUUCAUGGGGAACUGAUCAGUCCUCUUGUUGACCGAGGUGCUGCUACUGGUGUCGGCUUUCCUGGGCCUGGGAAGACUUCCUGAUGCCACUUCCUGAUGCCACCUCCGUAUUCCAGCAGCAGAAACUCCUGCCUCCUCCAUGGAAAACAGGGAGCAUUCACGGUGCAUCGGGAACGAAGGGCGCCGUGGUGUGCAGCGACACUGCUCCCAGCAAGCGGACGGUGCAGUGAGCUCUGUAGCAGCAUAACAUGCAGUAAGCGGCGGAGAUGACCCCCAAACAGCGGGACCCCCCAGCCGUUUGGUCCCAGGGCUUUGGCGUUCCAGUGCAUCAGUGGGAAGAAAAGAGAAAGAGCAAGGGAAGGUCCAAGUCCUUCGCCCUGGAUGGUCCUCAGUCUCGCUUCCUGUGCCCCACCCCAUCCUGGGGAAGGACGGGCGCCACAGGUGAUGGGGGGGCUCGCUCCUUUCCCCAGAGAAGGAGAGAGGGCGCCUGGUCACAUGUCCAGCUGGCAGAACAGCCUGUGGGAUAAGGCUGUGAGCAACAAGCGCUCAGAGCCAAUGCUUGGGGGUGGGUCCCCUGAAAAUGCCACCCGACUGUUGGUUUGAUGUGCUCAUUGGAGGACAGAAAAACAAAACAAAAAAAAACAAAGUCCUUGCAGUGAAAUGCCGUUCCCCUCCCUGGGUUGUGUGGCUAAAAUGUAGGCAUUAUCAGAAGCCAUCCCUUCCUGGAGGCAACAGACAGGCUGCCUCCCCCCGGAUUAUCGGGGAAGUGGGAGCAGUAGCCUCACCGCCUGGCUGGCUCCACCCUCUGCUCCCUUUAGCUCUCUCCCUUUCCUGCUGCACGCGUGUGCGUGUGUGCGUGUGUGUGUGUGUGUGUGUGUGUGUAUGUGUGUGUGUGGGACUUGGGGGGGGUUCUUUAGGUGCCUGUAUUUAAGGUGGGAGAGCGUAAAGGGCAUUGAAACUAAGAGAAAGGGGGUUGGAAAUGACUUAGGUAACUGAGUAUUUCUCACGUCUUUCUAAGGACAAUGCACGUGACAUACGUUUUAAACCUGAUGCCUGGCAGGUGCAGGGAGGGGCUUGCGGAGAGUGUUGCUAACUGAGCAUUUUUACGGCAGUGAGUGGCUUGGCAUGCCACAGCUCCCUGCCAGAGUGCAGGGAGUGAAGGAGCUCGAGUAUGCUUGGCAAUGCUGCUUGUGACAGUGCGAUUUUCCUGGGCAUUUCCGUGUAUUUUUGAUAGUGAUGGUGACCCUGUAGAACCAGGAGGCCCGUCAGUUACGGCCCCUUUUUUCUGGUUAAAUUUUAUCAUAAACACAGUGGUCCGUUUCUUUUGGGGGUGGGGUAGGCCUUUUGUUUACUGUUUGUUAGCUCCCAGGUGCUGUUAGCAUCAGAGGUGCUGGCAUUUGGGGGUGCAGGUGGAGGCCCGGAGCUGCUCGUGUGGGGGCCUCGAAGGGCACGCUGGUGCUUUCGGCUUCACUUCGGGGAAGCCGCGUGAGGAAGUAGUUAUUACUGUUUUUAAAAAUCUCUUAGUGUUUAUCCAAUCAGGUGUUCAUUGGAUGUCUCCUAGUGCCAGUCACAGGGUGUUUGUUUACUCAAGAAUGAAGUAGACUUGUUUUAAAUCCUGCUUUCGUGGAUGUGUAGGUUGGGUGAGCCAAGCCUCAGGGGAGACACACAUUUUCUGGGUAUGAAUUAUGAGUGUCACAAUUUAUUACCAAUUAAGGUUUCGGUCUGUGGGGCAUCAAACAUGGCCGUGCUGAGAUCUGCCACGUGGCGGAGGCCUGGCAUUUGUCUCAGCAGGGCCCCCGAGCAUGUGCCUGGCAGACCCGUGCGCUCCCAGGCCAGCAGCAGGGGUAGGGCAGCCGUCGCCACGUGAAGGACCGGGGCAGCCUCCUGGUCUGCGCUCAGCCGUUGUCAUGACGCAGCUGGGCCUGGGCACACUGCACGGGGCAUUCUGUCCUUUCCAUUUUGUUCUCUGGGGCUCACACUGGUGAAAGCCUGUUGGUCCAAGGGAAGUGAGUCUGCUUUCCACCCUUCAAAAGUAGCAAUUUGGAAAGCAAACAAUAAAAUUAGCUUGUACCUUUAAACAAUAUUCUCACGUGCAGCAUGGGUUAGACUGAUUUUCUAAGAAUGAUGUGCACAAAAGUCAUAGUCCAGGGGCAGCCCAUGCCAGCGGAACGCGGGCGCAUGGAACCCGCAGCAGGUCGCCCUGGCGGGGACCUGCACAGUUGCUUUUCCAGAGUUGCUUCUAUAAGGAAACCUAGCUUUUAAAGUAUUUUAGGAGUUUGGCUCAGAGCUCCCACUUUCCUCCUAACAUAGUCUCUCUCUCUCUCUCUCUCUCUCUCUCUCUCUCUCUCUCUCUCUCUCUCUCUCUCUCAUGCUCUUCAGCUUCAUCUCCUGCUGUGGCCAUUAGUGCCGCGGAACAUAAACCACCUGUUACUGACUUGGGCUGUCUCUGAGUAAAUUACUAGUUGCUUUGACUGCAUCGGCCCUCUUCGUUAUUGCGGAGGAGAAAUGGAAAGUAAUCUUUCCUCCUACUAAUUUAGCUUUGGAUGAACUAAAUGGCUUUUCCUCUCUCUUCCUCCCCAAAGGCCCUUGACAGUCGAGAGCUGUGCUCAGUAUCGCAUUGAGCUCCACUGUGCCCAGUGCUCAUUUGCUGCCAAAGACCCACUGGGGGGCCCUCGUCUAGAAUGCUCUGAGACUGUGGCCAGAGGCAGCGGCCCUUGAUUGCCCUAUUCACCUACUGGGGAGCCUGUGUUUUGCCCUCUUAUCAGUUUCCCUGUGUACCGAUUUCCUUCUUUUCUCUUUUAUUUUCCUUAGCAUUUGGGAGCCUAGCUCCAAGGCCAGCUAACCUCUAACACCCUAGUACAGUGGUUCUCAACCUUGGCUGCACAUUAGAAUCACCUGGGAAUCUUUUUAAAAUCCUGAUUCCUGGGCCUCAUCCUCCGGAAAUUCCGUUUCUUUGUUAUGGGGUGGG